UAAGCAAGGCAUCGGAGCGAAGAUACGGCAGUCGCGCCAAUGGCCCCAGGUUUUGCGUCACGCUAAACCACUUCUUACGCAAUAUUUCUACCUUACAAGUCCUUACUGUUCUUGAUAGCGAUACUUGCACAGCCGGACCCCUACUGAAACACUUACAAACGAAUGGUGCUUUCGACUCUGCAGCGCCGCGCGGGGGCCGCGGCUGUCGCUCAAAGGGCCAAGCCCUCUCCUGCGCGCGUGGUUCGCCGAGUUGGGCGCGCUGUGGCUACCCCAGUUCUGGCAGCGGCGUUUACACCGCCAACUGUGUCAGAGACAAAGGCGAAGUUUAUUCAGGGCUACAACAAGCCGAUUGCCAGCAUUUACAAUACCGUCCUCCAGGAGCUGCUGGUGCAGCAGCAUUUUAUGCGUUACAGCAAGAACUAUUGUUACAACGAGGUAUACGCGCUCGGAUUUGUGAGCGUGUAUGAGCAGAUCUUGGAGAGUCUGCCGGAGUCUGAGCGCUCGGCUAUUUUCUCAGCCUACGUUACAGCACUAGGCGAGGAUCCCGUGGCAUACAAGCGCGAUGCAGCUGCUAUGGAGCAGGCUGCCAGCAGCAUGGCAGGCCCGGAUGCGCUCGUACCAGACGCUGAGGGCAACGCCGUGCAGAAAGCCCUGGCCUCCAUCUCCUCCGCCUCCUCCUCUGGCUCCUUUUCCUACAACAAGUUUGUGGCCAUCGGGCUGUUCCGGCUGCUGGAGCUGACGGGCGCCAAGGAGCCGGCGGCGCUAGAGCGGCUGGUGCGGGCGGUGGGUGUGAAGCCGGAGGCGGUCAACCGGGACCUGCUGCUGUACAAGGGUGUGUUGUCCAAGCUGUCCGCUGCCAAGGAGAUGAUGCGGGAGUUCGUGGAGCGAGAGCGCCGCAAGCAGGCGGAGCGGGAGGCGGGCAAGGGGGCGAGCAAGGAGGGCGCCUCGCCCGAGCCAGCGGUGCAGCAGCAGCAGGCGUGAGGAGGGGCGCGGGCGGGGGCUGCUGGGGAGGGCGGAGUUGGGUGCUGGGAAGAGAGAGGAUGGGAUGCUUCCUGGUAGGAGGCGCGCGGCUGCGUGCAGACCUAGGCCUAGGAGGGGUGGAGAUGUUCUAGAAGGGAGGAAGAAUGCAAGGGUUGAGAGCUGCGAGGGCUACGGAGGGUCGCUUUGCACCAUGCUUUCGUGCAUGAAGCUUGGCGUAUGGCCUUCAGGGUAAGAGGAGAGGCCCUGGAGACUGCACGCUAACAUAGGAGCAGGAUUGCCUCAAGUAAGCAGGAUACGCCGUUGCGCUGCCCUUGUUGGGCGGAAAGGGAAGCCUUGCAGCGUUGUGGAGGGGUGGUGGCGGCGCCGACUGUUGCAGAGGAGUGUAGGAGAGCUGCAUGCACCUUGGAUGGAAAGUCGUCGGGGCGACACCCCCUACGCGUCGUACUGAUCUAGUCCGAACAGGGUCUGCGGUCUUUCGUUCCUUUGGGACGUGCCGACUUUGGGGGCUCCUGGAAACCGCGUUCCCUCGAGAACGCUCGAGAAACCAUUUAGUGAUGUGUCAAUGCAUGGACGCGUCUUAUGUAUUGUUGUACUUUUACCUUGUUCGCUACAGUAGACGUGCACCCAAAGCGGUACACAAGGCAGCGUUUCCACCCUUACUGACCGCUAUCUGUAUCGUUUGGGUGGCCGCUGUGACGCGUGUGAGCCUGAUCAUUUGAGGGGCCUAAAGCAGGUGUUGGGAAGAUCUGGUCGAAACGUGGUUAGGGUUGCCCAGCUUCGGACUUUUGCCCGGCGAGAAAGGGGAGAAGCGUCGAAGAAUGUGUGAGAGGGCGACCUGUAGGCGAAGCGUGCCGUGCGUUGACAGUUGUGAGUGGCACAGAGGUUGAAACAAGCAAUAGAAGAGAAGAGAGACGAAGCUUUUGUACCCUACAAAUUAUUUGCCGUUGCUAGCAUGUCGGAACCUAGAAUUCGGAC